AAAUCAAUGUUAUGCUCAUGCAACAAGGACUCUAUGAGCACAGAUGGGGGUCUGGGAUGAGAAUCUGGGGCCUUUCCUCCUUCCCGUAGUCGUUCUCCUAUCUUCCUUCUUUGCACCAGAGGGUCCCAAGCUUCAGGUGACCACUGCGCCCUCCUCCUGGGCCCGUCUGGGUUCGGGGGCCCAGCUGCAGUGCCGGUUCACAGUUGGGAGUCCAGUGGCCCUGCGCUCUCUGCGGGUGCAGUGGUAUUUAGGGGAGAAGAAGGUGGCCUGGUACGACCAGGGCAGGAGCCAGGUCCAGCCUGGAGCCAGUCUGCCGUCGGAGAAGGAGCUGCAAAGCGGAGAUGCCUCCCUGUCGCUGGCCACGGUGACUCCAUGGGACAAGGGCAUGUACAAGUGUGUUGUGUGGCACAGGGAACAUCAACACCGGGGGGAGACCACCCUGCACCUGCUCGUUGGCCCAAGAGUCUCCAUCCCAAGACAGCCAGCUGCGGCCAAUGCCAAGACCUCCCUCCUGUGCCACGUGGAGGGGUUCUUCCCCGUGGAUGUGGACGUGGCGUGGCUGAGAGACGGGCGGGUCCUGGAGGGCUCCACCCGCUCCAGCCCCCAGAAGAACCUGGAUGGGAUUUUCAGCCUCACCCUGACCUACGCCUUCACCCCCAUCAUCAGUGAUAUCAGCAGCGUCUUCUCCUGCCGCGUCCGCCAUGAGGCUCUGGGGCAGUCGCUGAAGGAGGACGUCCGCCUGGACAUUGUAGCUGCCCCAAAGAUUUCCAUCCCGAGACAACCAGUCACGGUUGAUGUGGAGACCUCCCUCCUGUGCCACGUGGCAGGGUUCUUCCCCAGUGACGUGGACGUGGCGUGGCUGAGAGACGGGCAGGUCCUGAAGGGCUCCACCCGCUCCAGCCCCCAGAAGAACCUGGAUGGGACGUUCAGCCUCACCUUGACCUACACCUUCACCCCUGCCCGUGGUGAUGCUGGACGCGUGUUUUCCUGCUGUGUCCACCAUGCGGCUCUGGAGCAGUCGCUACAGGAGGAUGUUUCCUUGGUCAUUCUAGUACACACCACAGAGGUGGAUGAAAUCAGUACCCUGAUCGAACCCAUCCUGGGGAUCCUGGUUGUAAUGGUAGCCGCAGUCGCUACAAUCCUUUCCUGCUGUACAAAUAGGAGCAAAGGCUGGGCAGUCCCUUAUUCCUUCUCCGAGGUGCAGGUGCCAGAGCGGUGCCUGCUGGGCCAGGAGGUGAUCCUGCACUGCUCCAUGCAGGGGACGUUCCCCGAGGAUGUGGCCGUGACAUGGGAGAGAAUCUGCAGCGAGGACAGGACAGUGCCUGAGAGCGCUAGGAACCAAGAGAGCCCCGAGCACCAGCCGCUGCUCCCCGCCCUCCCCCCGGGCUGGAGAGUGACAAUGCAGAGAGCUGGGACCUGCCUCACGUCCUCCCUGACCUUCACCCCCACAGUGCAGGAUGACGGGGUGCGGGUCCGGUGCUGCUUCCUCCAUGAGAUUGAAUGUAUCAGAGAGGAGCGAGUUUCUCCAGAGAUCCAGGUGUGGGCCCGGCCGCAGGUGUCUGAGAUCCAGGUGUUGCCAGAGUGGGACCCCCGCGACAAGGUGCCGUUUGCUGUCCAGCUCCACAACUUCUACCCCAGGGAGGUGCCCCCGAUCCAGUGGGGCUGGGACGGGGCCGGGAGCUGGAGGGAAGACCCCGCGCAGAUAGACAGGAACGCGGACGGCACGUUCACCGCGACGAGCGUCUGGAGAGUGCCCAGCCGGAGCCUGACCCGGCCGGAGCUGCGAGUGCGAGGGUGCUUGGGGCUUGGGGCAGCGGGUCACACCAGCCUGAGGGCCGCGGGUCUCCUGCGGCCCCCGGAUGUGUCCGAAAUCUCCCAGCCCAAGUCCAUGGCCACGGGGAAGGGAGUCACCCUAAGCUGCCGCAUUGCGGGGCAUUUCCCGGGGGAGCUGAGCGUGACUUGGCUGCGGAGGGGCAAGGGGGAGGACACUGCUGUGAUCCUGCGCGACUCAGCUGAGUGCAGGGUGGAGCCCGGCACGGCCGUCCUGGCACGGGACGGGAAGAGCUUCCAGCAGGAGACCAGACUCACCCGCUGGACAUCCAGGGACCAGGGGUCAGAGUACAUCUGCCAUGUUGAACACCUCACCCUGGAGACCCCCAUCGAGAGGAGCAGUGGUUGCCAUCCACCCCCUCCAGACCUGGGGGAGGUCUUCCAUCCACAGGCCCCAGUCUCUGGAGAGCCAAUGUCCCUGAAGGGCCUUCUAUCACAGUUGUACCCCAGGCAGCUAGCAAUGACCUGGCUGCAAAAGAGAGAAAGAAGGAAGGAGCCCAGGCCACUGGAGAGCUCACCCCCACCACAACACAGGACCCACACCCCCAGCCGUGUGCCGGACAGGAAGUCCUACAGUGUAGACUCUGAGCUGAGCCUCCCCACGGUGGGGCCCGAGGAUGGUGUGACUGAUUACCAAUGUCAUGUGGAGCACGAGGCCCUGAAAAAGCCAAAGUCCAGCAGGGAGCUGCAGCUCAAAGCCAAUAAGAGCCCACCAGAGCAUCAAACAAGUGAGGAUGGAGGAGGCAGCUGAGGAAAGAGGCAGCAUCACCAGCACCAUGUCUCUUGUUCCAACUCAAGGCAGUGCCCACAGGCUGACUGGGCUGGGCUGGGCAGGGCAGGGCAGUGGUAUUGUAGCCCUGUGGGGUCAGGCCAUCUCUCAGGAUCUCAAUAUUGCACUUAGACAGGAGGGUGUGACACAA